UCCGAUAACAACACUCGGAGCUGGGGCUGUGGCUAUUUGUUGCUGCGCCGCCACAGCCCGAGUCAUGAUCUACGAUCUUCUACGGCUCCUGUAGCAGCAUCCGCCGCCGCCACCCUGCGAUCGCUGGCUUCGCUUCCUUCUUCUCUUCCUGCUGAGCCACUUGCAUCCCAGCACUAUGACCGUCGUCUCUGUCCCUCAGCGGGAGCCGCUCGUCGUGGGUAGCCGCCUUGCGCCAGUUGGCUUUUCCGCCCGCGGUUACUUCGGGGCCCUCCCGAUGGUGACCACGGCUCCGCCGCCUUUACCCCGCAUCCCGGACCCCCGGGCACUGCCCCCGACCCUUUUCCUCCCGCACUUCCUCGGGGGCGACGGGCCCUGUGUGACCCCACAGCCUCGCGCUCCAGCAGCUCUGCCCAACUGCAGCCUCGUCGCGGCGGGAGGCGCCCCUCGGGCCGCGCCGAAGAAGCGGCGGAAGAAGAAGGUGCGGGCCAGUCCGGCAGGGCAGCUGCCCAGCCGCUUCCACCAGUAUCAGCAGCACCGGCCGAGUCUGGAGAGUAGCCGGAGCCUGGCGACGGGCCAGACGGGAGCUCAGGCGGUCCCGGGCCAGACUGCUGCCUCGAGUCCCGGUCCUGCAAUCGGAACCGGGACUGAGGCUGCGAGCACCGUGCCUGCGCCUCUGCGGGCCGCGGCGCCCGGCCAACCCCCGCUCCGCAAAGAGGUUUUAAAAACAAAGAUGGGAAAAUCGGAGAAAAUUGCCCUUCCCCAUGGCCAGCUUGUUCAUGGUAUACACUUGUAUGAACAACCAAAGAUAAACAGACAGAAAAGCAAAUACAACUUGCCACUAACCAAGAUCACCUCUGCAAAAAGAAGUGAAAAUAACUUUUGGCAGGAUUCUGUUUCACCUGAUAGAAUUCAGAAGCAGGAAAAAAAGCCUUUUAAAAAUACUGAGAACAUUAAAAAUAAGCAUUUGAAGAAAUCAGCAUUUCUAACUGAAGUAAGUCAAAAGGAAAAUUAUGCUGGGGCUAAGUUUAGUGAUCCACCUUCUCCUAGUGUUCUUCCAAAGCCGCCUAGUCACUGGAUGGGAAGCACUGUUGAAAAUUCCAACCAAAACAGGGAGCUGAUGGCAGUACACUUAAAAACGCUCCUAAAAGUUCAAACUUAGAUAUGAGGUUUCACUAUGUAUGUAAAGCAGGUUUUCCCAAAUCCCUGGAUUCCUUAAAAGAAAUUGGUAACAGAUGGAAUUUUGCCUUGUUGCAACAUACAAGUGCAAAAGAUACUGAGUUUUAAAAAUUAAAUACAAACAGCUUGUAUUAUAUUUUAUAUUUUGUAAAUACUGUAUACCAUGUAUUAUGUGUAUAUUGUUCAUACUUGAGAGGUACAUUAUAGUUUUGUUAUGAAAGUAUGUAUUUUGCCCUGCCCACAUGGCAGGAGUUUUGUAUAUAGACAAUGGAGAAAUUUUAAGUGUGCUAAAGCACAUGGAAGACUGAUAUAUUUGCACAAAGUACUGAGAUUUUUUUUCAAGAAACAGCUGUCAAAUCUCAAGGUUAAGAUCUAAAUGUGAACAGUUUACUGAUGCACUACUGAAGUUUAAAUCUGUGGCACAAUCAUUGUAAACAUGGGGUUUGUUUCUCUAAAUUGAUUUCUGCCUUCUAAACUGUAAUUACUGGAAAAUUCCUGUUCCCAUUUUACCAAACUUAAUUUCUGGUUUUUGGUAUAUGUCCAUUCAAAUUUAAAAUGCCUCUAAUUUUAAUGCCAACAAAAUUGAUUGUAAUCAAAUUUUAAAAUAAUAAUAAUUUGGCCCUCCCCUUUUAAA